GCGUUAGAAAGUGAGUUUGUUUCCUGCCAACUUCACCAGUGGAUUGAUCUGAUUUUUGGCUACAAACAGCAAGGGCCAGAGGCUGUCAGGUCCCUGAAUGUAUUCUACUACUUGACUUAUGAAGGAGCUGUUAAUUUAAGUUCAAUAACGGAUUCUGUAUUGAGAGAGGCUGUUGAAGCUCAAAUCCGAAGUUUUGGACAGACUCCUUCCCAACUGCUCAUAGAACCACAUCCUCCAAGAAGUUCUGCCAUGCAGGUGAGUCCCUUGAUGUUCACAGAACAAGCUCAACAGGAUGUUAUCAUGGUCCUAAAGUUCCCGUCCAACUCCCCAGUCACUCAUGUAGCAGCUAACACCCAGCCUGGUCUGGCCACUCCUGCUGUGAUCACCGUCACUGCAAACAGGCUCUUUGCUGUAAACAAGUGGCACAAUCUCCCUGCUCAUCAAGGUGCUGUACAGGACCAGCCUUACCAGCUGCCAGUGGAAAUCGAUCCUCUCAUAGCCAGCAAUACAGGGAUGCACAGAAGGCAAAUCACUGACCUUUUAGACCAAAGCAUUCAGGUACAUUCCCAGUGUUUUGUCAUCACCUCUGAUAAUCGUUACAUCCUGGUCUGUGGCUUCUGGGACAAGAGUUUCCGAGUUUAUUCUACUGACUCAGGUAAACUGAUCCAAGUAGUCUUUGGCCACUGGGAUGUUGUGACCUGCCUCACUCGUUCUGAGUCCUAUAUUGGAGGGAAUUGUUACAUCCUCUCAGGAUCUCGUGAUGCGACGUUGCUGCUCUGGUACUGGAAUGGCAAAACCAAUAUCAUUGGGGAUAACCCAAGAG